AUGUCCGAUCAGAACGGAGACAUCGCCGCCAAGGCUCUCGAGACGCCAUCGCCACAUGUCAAGCACGCUGGCGAUACCAUCCGGCUUGUAUCGCCGGUAGACAGUCCGUCGCCGUCAGGCUCCCCUGCCCCUCUCGUCCCUACAACGCCGACCAUCGACAAACGGCGGAUCGUGUCCGACAACAAUCGAUCGAACCAAAAGGUUCGCCUGUCGGAUAAGAUGUUCGACGCAUCAUCCACUCCACAGGCAUCCGUCGUGAGGCGUGCCACAAUGCCGGCAUCGAGGCCACGCAUCCCGGGUGUCCCAGGUGAUGCUCCUCCACCGGUGCCGAAGGUGGACCACGCCAAACAAAACAGGGACGGUCUCGUCAUGGACACUAACAAGAGCAGCAUCGUUUCGAAGAGAUCGGUCGAGAAGCUUUACUACGCAGACCAGCCGGAGUUCUUUCGCUAUUUUGUGUCGAAAUUCAAGAGGCGCUCGCCUCUGAUCAAUCGUGGCUAUUGGCUACGUAUGAAAGCCAUUGAGCACGCAGUAGCCCGCUUCCUCACCGAGAGGACGACCAAACGGAAAAUCGUGGUGAAUUUGGGAUGUGGCUACGAUCCUCUCCCAUGGCUCUUUCUCGGUCGUCAAUCCGAGCUUUGCCAUGACACAACCUUUGUCGAUGUCGACCACCCGGCAUUGAUGCAGAACAAGAUGUCCAUCAUAGAAAAAACGGAACAACUCCGCGAGUUGCUUCCCAAAUUCACGAGGACCGGUGCAGAACAAGGCCUCCUCGCCUCAAGCGUUCCAUAUGUUGCCAUCGGGUGUGAUUUGAUUGAUGUGGGACCCCUUCAGAAAGUUCUUCAAGAUCAUCUUCAGCUUUCAACCGAGGACGCGGCGAUCAUCUUCGUCUCGGAAGUAUCCACAGCCUACAUGGAACGCGAGGAUUCACAAGGCGUCUUCCGCUUCGCAGCUACCUACAAUGAUGUCAGGUUUGUCUUACUCGAACAACAUCUCCCGGACGGUGCAGAUCAUCCCUUCGCGCAGACAAUGCUUGCCCACUUUGAUAAGCUACGGACACCGUUGAGAGCGGUCGGCUCCAUGGAGCAGAUGAAAGCCCGAUUCGCAAUCGCUGGAUUUCCAGACAGCGGCAUCGACAUUCGUAGUCUAUGGGAAUUAUGGUCCGAUCCGACAUUCCUCAGCGCUGAGCAGAGGCGUGCAUUAGACAAAGUCGAACCAUUCGACGAAUGGGAAGAAUUCGCACUGUUCGGCUCACACUACUUCUUACUCGUGGCUGAAAAGGAGCCUGGCAAGGACUACACGCACAAAGCCACCCGGGGGAACCGUACAUCCUUGUUCGCUGGAUCCGGUCGUCGUGCGUCGAUCAUAUCAAGUACGACCAACGGAGCUGAAUCGCCACAAUACCAUUUCGGCCCGGAAGACACUCUGCAGACCCACGAGCUCCUCGAACCACAUAAUUUCCGCCGCUUCGCAGCAGUCUUGAACCCCACCACCGUAGACGAUCAAGUCGAUAUUGUUGGUCUACAUGGUGGACUCGGCACGCAGGAGCGUCUGGGUAGCUGCAACACUUACACACGUUUGGAGAACACUCCUGCAAUCGAAGGCCCGCCGCUCCGCAACGGACUCAUGUGCCACGCCAUCACAAGUCUCGGAAGCACCUCGAAUGUGGUCCUCACCGGCGGUCGAACCUCUCCCGAUAAAGCCAGCGCGGAAUGCUGGCUUCGACUGGAUGGGAAAUGGAAAAGGGUGCAGAACCUCCCCUCGGGUCGAUAUCGGCAUUGCGCUGUGCCUCUGGUUCUCCCGACUCAACCGAGGCCGGCCCAUACGCUUCUCCUAUUCGGCGGGAAGACGAGUGAGGGCCAUGUGCUGGACGAGUGGCUGAUCUGGACCGGAGAGACUGGCUGGCAGCAAAUUCGCGUGACCGGUGAGGUCCCACCGGCCCGUUUCGGCGCCUGUAUGAUCACCGACAGUCGUGAGGGCGUCUCCGGCGUCCUAGUCGGUGGGAUGACCAGCGCCGGUCGUGUGCUGAAUGACUUUUGGUAUUGGAGCCUCGAAGGGGACAUGACUCUCACAUGCCGGAAUGUCACUGCUCGUGCGACUGCCUUUCUCAAGGGCGAUGCAUUUUUGCUGGGUCGGUUCGGCGCUCAAUUGGUCUGGUCCAACCGCGGGAUCUUGAUGAUCGGCGGAGUCACCGGCUCGCGUAUGCUCACCCGACAGGACGAGAUCCUCAAUAUGAAAUCGCUACGGCCACAGCCGAUCCAUGGACCCCGACCGCUUUUCAUCGGAUUCUCCGUCCUCGACGUCGAUGGGGGAUUGAUUGUGCUCGGGGGUGGUGCGACAUGUUUCUCCUUCGGCACCACUUGGAAUCGAAGCUGCAUGCUGAACGACGCCCUGCCGGGGUCCUUGUUCCAGAUGGAGUGGCGGAUGCUCCACAUCACCGAGGCCGGACAACCGACUGCAGAUCAGAUCGCCGUGUUUGGCGAUGUCCCGUCCUCAUCCAACGCGAGCAAGGCUGCAAUCUCGACCACCGGCUUCGCGGCACCAUCCACCCACGGUGCUACGUCCGCCAUUGCUCCAGGUCUAUCAAACCCCUUACCGGAUCCCGUCCGAGUGCAGGAGAUGCCCAUGUCCGACGGCAUCAACUUCGCACAAUACGUCGAAGCCGGCCGUCCCGUCAUCUUCAGGAAAUGCGACCUCGGGCCCUGCACCACCAAAUGGACCACGCCCUACCUCAAGGAAGCCGUCGGACCCGAGCGCACGGUGUCCGUCCACGUCGCCGCCGACGAGAACAUGUCCUUCGCCCGCAAGAACUUCGAGUACGCCACCCAGCCGUGGUCGACCUUCCUCGACGCGGCGGACAACGGCGAGAAGGUCUACCUCCGCGCCCUCUCGCACUCGCACCCUCUGGAAAAGCCCACCCGGUUCGCCGACGACUUCCCCACCCUCUCCCCGGACUUCACGCUCCCGGCGCCCCUCGCCCACGUCGUCGACCCGGAGGGCCGGCCGGCGCACAGCUCGCCGCUGCGCAUCUCCGGCGGCGGCGUCCGCAUGUGGCUGCACUACGACGUCAUGGCGAACCUGUACUGCCAGGUGCGCGGGCGGAAGCGCCUCCUGCUCUUCCCGCCCUCGGACGUCUCCCUGCUGGACUUCGCCCCGGGCGCCUCCUCCUCCGACCUGGACCCGUCCGCGUCCGCGCACCCGGGCCUCCGCGGCACCCACCCGCACGAGGCGCGCCUCGAGCCCGGCGACAUCCUGUUCCUGCCACCGAUGUGGAGCCACACCUCCUCGCAUCUGCCCUCCUCCACCUCGCCCUCACCACCAGCAACCUCCCCACCGCCCCCGAGCAUCGCCCUCAACGUCUUCUUCCGCAACCUGCCCAGCAGCGCCUACGCCGCGGGCAAGGACGUCUACGGCAACCGGGACCUGGCCGCCUACGCGCGCGGCCGCCAGGACCUGACCAAGAUCGCCCGCGCCUUCGACGAGCUGCCCCCCGCCGUCGCCGGCUUCUACCUCGAGCGCCUGGCCGCCGAACUCGAGGCCAAGGCGAAGAGCCUGGCGCGAAACGCGGACCUGCAUUCGGUCUUCGCCGAGUUGGGAUGA